AUGGUUCACGAGGAUGAGAGCAGCGAUGACUACUCCAGCCUGCAGUACAUGAACUCCUCCUCCGACGGCAUGCUGUACCGGAUCCCUGCCAGCAUUGAAGACCAAGACUACAUGGGCAUUGAGACUGGAACCAUUGUUCCCUGCCAGCACCAUGGUCUGCCAUGUGAGAGGCGUGUAGCCUUUGAGGGAUUUGAGAUGGGCUGGAGGUUCUUAGCCUGUCCUCUUAAAGUGCUGAAUAUAUUGCAGGAAGGUCAGAACUGUGGUUCUGUUGAAUGGGUUGACCCAGAGCGGCCUCCUACAAUGCAGAAUGCAUUGUUGAAGCUAUGUGAAAUGUAUCAAGACAGUAGGAGUGAUAGGAGGAAGGAUAACCUGGAGAGUUCACUCACUAUUCACCAUUUGAUAGAAGAAAAAAAUAAACUGGAGGCCAACUAUGACAAAUUAGUUGAAGAUGUUCAUCAACUUUUGAAUGCCCAAGAGGAUAGGGUGCUGGAUUUCAGAUAUUUGCAGUCUAAGAUGGAGAGUGCAGAGGAGAGGAAAGCUGAGGUGACCAACUCAGUUGUCUCAGAUAUGAAGACAGAGAUGGAGAAGAAAGAGGCAGAUAUCUUCAAGCUGCAAGAGAAGUAUGCAGUCCUUAUGAACCUGACAAAAGCCCAAGGCACUGUCAUCAGGAACAUGAAGUUCAACCAUUUGAAAGAGAAGGAAGUGCUUAGUGCAGCCAUGAGGAACUUGCAGUUCCAGGUUGAAGAACUAACUAAGUCUGUGGAGAAGCUCACCCAAGAGAAUCUAGAGCUGAAGUAG